CUGUUUUUUUGUCCGACGAGUCUCAAUUCUCGAGCCUUCUCAAGCUCUUAAAAUCUCAAAUAACGACCCAAUUAUAGACGGCCACGUAGAUAUCACACGUCUCAAUACCCAAUCAUAGAUGGUCUGUGACGAUGUACGUUGUGAGAAUAGCAAGACUGAAUCUCUUUUUAGGUGGUGAAACACAGAUGUAAAAAAGAGAGAUAUAUUGAAAUCAAGGAGACAAAAACUUAAGAAAAAAAACCAAAAAAAAAAGAGAGAGGUGAAAUUGAUUUUCUGCUCGCGAUCGUCAUUUCAAUUUCUAAUUAGCUUUCCUGGUGUUUCUUCUCCGGCGUAAUCAUGACAACCUCAAAAAGACUAGCAGACAGGAAGAUUGAGAAAUUCGACAAAAACAUUUUAAAGAGAGGAUUUGUUCCUGAGACCACCACCAAGAAGGGCAAGGAUUAUCCCGUUGGUCCCAUCCUUCUUGGCUUCUUUGUCUUUGUUGUCAUUGGAUCAUCUCUCUUUCAGAUCAUUAGGACUGCAACUAGCGGAGGCAUGGCAUAAACCAAAACACAGUCAAGCUAGAAGAAGCAGUUUUCAAAAUGUAGAAUCUUCUUCUGUCUCCUUUCUUUUUCUCUCCUUAUACUGUAGAAUGUGUCAACUUUCUGUUUACUAUAUCAUGUAAUGAAGAUUAUUUGAGUUUUUUAUAAUCCAAGUAUCCAACGCUUAAGUAUGUUCUUCAAGUUAGAUGCUGUUGUUGUUAUGCUUCUGUUCACUUGGUCCGUCAAAUACAAAAAGUGUUAAAUAGUUCCUUCUGGACUUGUGUACUUUUUAUGAAACUUUGCUCACAGGUUUAAGAGGUUCCACACAACCCAAAGUUAUU